AUAAAUCAAUCACUGACCAUAAUUUGUCGUGAUAUGUGCUCGUUAUUAUCAAGCUAACUGUAAAUACGAUGACCAAAACAGUUUAUAGCAUAGAGGAUGGCAGUGAUACAACGGAGAGAAAGGAAAAAAUUAGUAAACCAGAGACCGACCUCCAAGAUGUUGAUUUAUCUUGUGGAAUUGGAAAAUUCCGAUCUUCAUUUUUCGGGACUUAUUUCUCAAAUCUCUACAUGUUUUCAUUCUUCAUCGGUUUAUCGACCCUCUUUACUAUGAUGGUCGACCGUAUCGUUCCCAUUCAGCUCCAGUCACUAGAGAAACAGUUUAACAUCGACAACGCAGAAGCUGGUCUCUUCACAACGGCUACAACAAUUGGGCUCAUGUCUACCAUUUUGUUUGCUGGUCACUUCACACGGAACUCACAUAUACCUGUGAUUGUGGGUGUAGCAGGAAUAGCGCAGGGUGUCUUCCUUAUGGUCCCUGCUGUAUUUCAACUCACAGAUCCCAAGACGCUGGAGGAAUUGACGUAUGGCAACUCAAGCGUCACGUCCAGUUCAAGUGACCAGUACAUGUGUACCCAAGCAAACAACAGCAGUAACGACAGCAGCCAAAAUAGCAACAGGGACGAGGUAAACAGGGCCGCCUUUAUCGUGGUGGUGAUCGUCCAGGUUCUGAAAGGUGUCACAGACACGUUCCACUCCAACUUCCUACCCACCGUCUAUUUAGACAACAAUGCCAUAGAUAAAUCGAAAAUGUCUAUAUUCAUGGGUAUUCGUCAGUUGUUUUCAAACUUGGCCGGGCCGAUAGGUACAGAAGUAAACGGUGUACUCACGGAAAUACCCGUUGAUUUAAAACCUACAGAUAUGAGCCCGAAAGACGGACGAUUUAUCGCUGCCUGGUGGCUGUCGUUUCUCGUGUUUGGUCUUGGGACUCUAAUCUCAUCUUUUCCGCUCAUUUUGUUCCCCAAACAUCUCAUCCCACGUGACACACAGAAGAAGUCUCUGGAGGAAGCCACAGUUAGCUUUGCGGGCAUUCAUACGGAUGGGAAAAGACCAGACAUGCAAGCGCCCAGUGAACCGACCAUCGUAACGACGAAAGAAACAUCCAGAAGGGUCAGCUUGACCGGAGAUGUUGCUUACAGCAAAGUGGAAUUGAAACCUUCCAGUUCUAGAUUAGAAUUACUCAAAGAUUUCCCUGCGGCCAUGUUGCGGCUGGUCAAGCGUCCAGUCUACAUCUUGAUUCUAGUUGACAUUGCAAUCAUCUCUAUACCAACAAAAGGCAUUGCCAUGUUCCGCAACAUGUACAUCACAAACGAAUACAAUGUACCCAUGUCGGAAGUCGCCUAUGCCUCAGGUAUCAGUGAUGCCAUUGGUCACAUUACUGGGACAUUAGUCAGUACCUGGCUGUCCAGCCGAGUCCACACUAACACGGGCUAUAUUUGGAUCAUGCUGACCACAUACUUGCUACAGACUUGCAUGAAUCCUUUGAGCAUCCUCUUUGGCUGUGACAACCAAAUAGUGUAUGGACACGUUGGAGAGUAUGGUCUAGCUGUAAAUCUGACGGAUGGCUGUGACUGCGAUGGAAAGAAACAGCUGCUGGUUUGUGCAGACGAUGGCAACAGCUACCUGUCACCGUGUUAUGCCGGCUGUCGCAGUGUUGUCGGAAAGAUGUUUACCGACUGCGCCCUGAACACCACCGGGAGGACGGCAGUGCCAGGUCUGUGUCCAUCAGAUUGCCAAACAAAUUUUAUCGUCUACAUUGCCAUUCAGGGAGCCCAAAAAUUUUUUGACGGUGUGUCACAGAUCCCAAGACAACUGCUACUACUGAGAAUGGUUGACCCAAGGGACAGGGCUUUUGCUAUGAGUUUCUUUAUGUUUUUUUAUAACAUAGUUGCCAUCCCCUCCCCAAAUAUUUUUGGGACUGUCAUUGAUGCGACGUGUUUGGUACGAGACGACAAAGUUUGCACAGUCUACGACCGAGAUCAGAUAAGAUACUUCCUCUCUGGUGUAGACAUGGCCAUUAAUGUGGUAGUCACCAUCACGCUCUGCAUCAAUCUACUUUUGUUUCGAUGGGAAAAUAAAAAAAUUUCUAAAAAACUGCGAGUGGCACAAGCAGAGAUCAACGUGAAUUAACGUUGAGGUUCAACAACAGUGUAGAGGUCAUGAUGGCCACUCUGAUCUCAAGGUCAUAAUGGCAACUCUGAUCUCAAGGUCAUAAUGGCCACUCUGAUCUCAAGGUCAUGAUGGCCACUCUGAUCUCAAGGUCAUGAUGGCCACUCUGAUCUCAAGGUCAUGAUGGACACUCUGAUCUCAAGGUCAUAAUGGCAACUCUGAUCUCAAGGUCAUAAUGGCCACUCUGAUCUCAAGGUCAUGAUGGCCACUCUGAUCUCAAGGUCGUAAUGGCCACUCUGAUCUCAAGGUCAUGAUGGCCACUCUGAUCUCAAGGUCAUAAUGGCCACUCUGAUUUCAAGGUCAUAAUGGCCACUCUGAUCUCAAGGUCAUGAUGGCCACUCUGAUCUCAAGGUCAUAAUGGCAACUCUGAUCUCAAGGUCAUGAUGGCCACUCUGAUCUCAAGGUCAUAAUGGCAACUCUGAUCUCAAGGUCAUGAUGGCAACUCUGAUCUCAAGGUCAUGAUGGCCACUCUGAUCUCACGGUUUCAUAUAUCUUAUAGGUCAAGGUCAUAUAAAAGCUUAAGUCAACAUCUAUUAACAAUUUUAGGAGUCUGGCUUGACCCUAAGACGUGUAUGAUUCAUGGCUGGGGCUAGCUACACUUAGUUCAUGUGGGGUUGGGGUGGAUUUAAGGUAGAGGUUAUUAAGUUUUGGGGCCAUAAAUAAUGGGCUUUUAUUAAGUUGUUUUCUACACUGAAGAAGGUAUCUAUAGAAAGUGUUAUUAGAGAAUUUCUCCCUAAAAGAUGUAAAUAAAUGAUGUCGAAAAAGAUGUUGUUAAUAAAAGAUGUAAUUACAAUAAGAUGUCAUAGUGUUAAAAUGAUAAUAUAGUGAUGAUAAAU